AUGAUACAGCAAGCUGACAAACAUAGAACUGAUCGUAUUUUUGCUAUAGGAGAUUAUGUAUAUCUCAAGCUCCAACCCUAUAAACAAACCUCCAUGAAAGCUCACGGGAAUCACAAGCUACUUCCCAUGUUUUAUGGUCCUUUUAUGGUUGAAGACCGCAUUGGCUCGACUGCUUAUCAACUACAAUUGCCUCCAACUGCUGCCAUCCAUAACAUUUUCCAUGUCUCCCAGUUGAAGCUCUGUCCUAACCCUUUUAGCCAGCAAAUUCAGCACCUACCCGUUCCUGUGAUUCAAGAUGCAAAAACACCUCUCGCCAUUCUUGACAGGAAAAUGGUAAAACGGGGUCGUAUAGCUGCCACAAAAGUUUUGGUUCAAUGGAAGGAUUUACCUAUUGGCAAAGCCACAUGGGAAUUCUACUAUGAUCUCCUCAAGAGGUUUCCUGAUUUUCAUCCAUGA